AAACGACUGACGUUCUGGACAAAAAGAUUUGGUUUUUCUUCCCCUUCUUAGACCAUGAAGAUGCACAUUCAAGUGACAAUCUAUGCGUAUAUAUUCGCUUUGUCCUUUCUUAAAGAAUGUUUUACCAUCGAUUGUCCACUUUUUAAAUUUGGAACAAACUGCAAUAAUGCUUGUGUUUGUGAUCAAAGUAAGUCUUUAUCGUGUGACAAGCAUACCGGGGAAUGCUUGUGCAAAAAUGGAUGGACUGGCGUUAGGUGUACAUGUAUAGCGGGAACAGAAUGCGACAAAAACUCGUUCUGUGAUGCCAACAGUUGUUUUUGUAACGACGGUGUUUUGAACAAACCCUCAAACUGCUCAGAUGAAGUUUUUGUUUUGUAUUCGUGUUCCUUCGAGACAGAAAUUGAAACUUGCUCCAUAUAUAACCAUGGUGAAAUGAAGUGGAGAAAGCAUAGUAACGGAACGCCUAGUGAUGAUACUGGACCAUAUUCAGCUAAGGAUGGGUCAUUUUACGUCUAUACAGAAGCAUCUGGCGGGUCUACGGGGGAUGAAGGAGUGAUGGAAAUAUCUUUAGCAAACUUAAAUUUAACAACAACUGCUUGCUUCCAAUUUUAUUUUCACAUGAGAGGAAGUGAAAUGGGCGAUUUGGAUGUGAUAGUGGAAGACAAAUCUGGAUCAGAUAUCGCUCGAUGGACGAUGUCGGGGCCUGUAGACUCGGGAUGGAACCAAGGAUUUGUAUCACUUCUGGUUCAAGCAGAAAUGAUAAACCUAACAGGACGAAGAGGUAGCGGCUUUAGAUCAGAUAUCGCUUUGGACGAUUUCAAAAUUUACCAAGGACAUUGUAAUUGUCCGCCUUUUACAUUUGGGACAAACUGCAAUAAAACUUGUGUUUGUGAUCAAAGUAAGUCUUUAUUGUGUGACAAGGAUACCGGAGAAUGCUUGUGCAAAAAUGGAUGGACUGGCGUUAAGUGUAGUUGUCGAGAGAAAACAAAAUGUGACGAAAACUCGUUCUGUGAGGGUAGUAAUUGUUUCUGUAACGACGGUGUUUUGAACAAGCCUACAAACUGCUCAGAUGAAGUUUUGGUUUUGUAUUCGUGUUCCUUCGAAACAGACAUUGAAACAUGCUCAAUUUAUAAUCAUGGGGAAAUGAAAUGGAGAAAGCAUAGUGACGGAACACCUAGUGAUGAUACUGGACCAUAUUCGGCUAAGGAGGGGACGUUUUACGCCUAUACGGAAGCAACUGGCCUGUCUACGGGGGAUGAAGGAGUAAUGGAAAUAUCUUUAGCAAACUUAAAUCUAACAACAAAUGCUUGCUUCCAAUUUUAUUUUCACAUGAGAGGAAGUGAUAUGGGCGAUUUAGAUGUGAUAGUGGAAGACAGAUCUGGAUCAGAAAUCGCUCGAUGGUCAAAGUCAGGGCAUGUAGACACGGGAUGGAACCAAGGAUUUGUAUUUCUUCCGGUUAAUGCAGAAAUGAUAAAUAUAACAGGGCGUAGAGGUAGCGACUACGAAUCAGAUAUCGCUUUGGACGAUUUCAAAAUUUACAAAGAACAUUGUAAUUGUCCACCUUUUACAUUUGGAGCACAAUGUGAUAAAUCUUGUGCUUGCGAUCAAAGUAAAUCUAUAUCAUGUGACACGGAUACCGGAGAAUGUUUGUGCAAAAAUGGAUGGACUGGAAUUAAGUGUACGUGUGGAGAGAAAACAGAAUGUGACGAACACUCGUUCUGUGAUGCCAACAAUUGUUUUUGUAACGAUGGUGUUUUUAUCAAACCUACAAACUGCUCAGACGAAGAUUUUGUUUUGUAUUCCUGUUCCUUCGAAACAUACAUUAAAGCAUGUUCCAUAGAUUUUCAGGGGGAAAUGAAAUGGAGAAAGCAUAGUCGUGGAACACCUAGUGAUGAUACUGGACCAUAUUCAGCUAAGGAUGGGAAAUUUUACGUCUAUACAGAAGCAUCUGGCGUGUCUGCGGGGGAUGAAGGAGUGAUGGAAAUAUCUUUAGCAAACUUUAAUCUGACAACAUAUGCUUGCUUCCAAUUUUAUUUUCACAUGAGAGGACGUGAAAUGGGAAAUUUAGAUGUCAUAAUCCAUGACAAAUCUGGAUCAGAAAUCUCCCGAUGGUCACAGUCGGGACAUGUAGACUCGGAAUGGAAACGAGGUUUCGUAUCAUUUCCGGCUAAUGCAGAAAUGAUAAAAGUAACAGGACGUAGAGGUAGCGACUUUACUUCUGAUAUCGCUUUAGACGAUCUUAAAAUUUUCCAAGGACAUUGUAGUUGUGAAUCAUGGACAUUUGGACUAGUAUGUGAAAAAGUUUGUGACUGCAGAAGAGGAAGCUCAAGUAGUUGUGACAGCAAGAGUGGAACAUGUAUGUGCAAACAAGGGUGGAGUGGAAAAACAUGUAAUUGUCGGAUAUCACUUGACAAUUGUCAUUCAGCAUAUUCGUAUUGUCAUGGUUACCGGUGCUUGUGUAAAGAUGGACACUACAGCAACGGUGUGAAUUGUUCAGGCUUGAUUGACGUCACAUAUUUCUGUGGAUUUGAUAUGUUUGACAGUUUGAAACGAUGCAAUGUAGAACUGCAACAAGUGCAGUGGGAAAUCAUAGAGAAUUUGGAACAAAACAUGGACAAUGUAUUUCACCUUGAGAACAACCGCUUUCUGAAAACCAUGAAGUCAGGGGAGUCAUUACUAUCUUCUAACAGCUCCUUGUUAUUUUCUGUUCAAAAUGUUAGCGUAGAGCUGGAGAGUUGCCUACAGGUGAAAUACUUUAUUCAUGAUCAGGAGAAUCAAAGGUUAAGAAUUAAAGUAGAAAAAGAAAACAACCAACUGAUUGACAGACUGUUUCAAGGAAAGGACUGGUCAACAGCCCGGAUUACUUUGAAUGCAAUGUCAAAUAUGAAGAUUCAUUUCAUUGGAAAUCCGUUCAGCAAUACUUCUAUAAUGAUUGAUGACAUUAUCAUUACAACAAAAUCCUGCGAUACGAAAUAUGAAGAUCAAGAAAAACAGAACAGGACAUAUGGAGAAAAUACGAUCUUUGUUAUUAUAUUUAUUUACUCCUUUGUUCUGGGAUUGACGUGGCUUAUAAUGGCUGUAUAUGUCAUCUACAAAAGCCGACGUAGAAAAAACAUCAUUGACGCACAAGAUAUUCAGUUAGAGGCUCAAGACAUGAUGCAACCUACAAAUGCUGAGGAGAUUUACACUUCACUUGAUUGUCCAGAUCAAGAAACCUAUUACGAGGACAUGAAGACAUCCUAAAAAUCUUCUAUUUCCAAAAAAGAGAUAAAAUUAUGACUGUAUUCGUGCCAUCCAGAGUUUCAUACAUAUUAAAGCAAUUUAUGAGCUAUUGAAAAAAAUGAGCUUUAUGUAUAUUUCGUACAUUUGAACUGUAAUUAGUAAUAAUGAUUAUUAUAACUGUUAAUAAGGUAUUCCGUUUCUAACGGAAGACCUUAUUGUUUUUUCCCUUUUAUUAUUUUUGUUAUGCUUUUUUGUACAAGCGAUUUCUUGAAAACGACUCGACCGAUUUUCGUGAAAAUUUCAGAUCUUGUAGAUUUUGAUAAAAACCUUUUAUGUAAUUUUUUAUUUCAAUGACGUCAUUUCCGUUCGUGAUAUAUCAAUGUUUUAGCGAUUUUCAGAGGGCAUGCUUGUCCUGUUAUCUACUCCUAUACGAAAAGAGAUAUUGGGUUCAAAUUUUCAAGAUUGUCAAUGUGUCUAAAGGCAUUUUUGAUCGAUUGUUUGGUUUCAAAGGCGUCGGAGCUCGCCUGGACCUGAAAAUUUUGUUUUAAAAAACGACAUGAUUUUUAAUGGUUUUCGUUCUUUAUCUCCUUUCUUGAAAAUAUUUUAACAUAACAUAUAUAGCAAAUAAAAUUACUUUUUAUAGGAGUUUCGUUUGAUAUCAAGAAAAAGGGGCUGGUUCCUCAAGUUAGGGGCCAAAAGGGCUACAAAGUCCUUCUUCAAUAGAACUUUAAUGAGAAAUAUUUUGCCAUAUGUUUAAGAAGCAAAAAUGUCUAUCUUGCACUUAUAAAACUAUACAUUAUAAAAAAAAUACCAUCCGUUACGUAAUUAAGGGUUUUAAGGGGCCAGAAGUCCAAAUUUUGAUUAAAUAUAUCACGAAAAGAACUGAUAUUUUGAAAAGCAACAUAGAAUAAAAGAUGCUUAGAAUGAUGUUUUAAACAAUAUUUAACCAUAAACGUUUCGUUAUUUGUCCCAAAAGAGGAAUGAGGGGUCGGCCCCUUAAACGUCUUAUUCCAGAUAGCUUAAAAACGGUAACGAAUUUUUACACAGUUGUUGAACAAAAUGUAUUUAAUAUUAAAAGACCUUUCACAUGAUGUCAAGAAAAAGGGGCUGGCCUUAAAUUUAGGGGCCAAAGGGGCUCUAAAGCCUUUCCUUCAUAGCACUUUACUGAGAAAUAUUUUGUAAUAUGUUUAAGAAGCAAAAAUGUUCAUCUCACAUUUAUUUAACAAUAAAUUAUAAUUAUUUUAUCAUGCGUUUUAAGGGGCGAGAUAUCCAAAACUUUGAUAGCUUACAUCUCAAACAGAUAUCAACAAAUAUGUUGAAAAGCAUUAUUUUGAAAAGCAAUAUAGAAUACACGAUGCUGAAAAUGAUGUUCCUAACAAAAUUCAAUCAUAAAGAUUUUGUUAUGUGGCCCCGAUAAAGAGAUUAAGGAGAUAAAGGGUUAAAUAUCAAAGUCAAGGUCAUAUAACCUUCAAAAAAUCGCACGGAUGACCUCCUUGUUGCUCGCAUCGAGAUCGUGUCUAGUUAUUUUAUGAAUUGUUGUUAUAAAGGUCUUUCGUUUCAAAUGAAAGACAAAAUUGUUAUUGCUUUGUUUCUUUUCCUCCAUUGUUAUUAUCAUAUUUUCUGGCACGUUUUCUUAAAAUCGAUCCACGCAUUCUCAAGGUUUUGGACUUCAACAUCUUGAAGGGACAGUUACCGUGCCGUAAUGGUUCGAGUAAAGCGAAAAAGUGGUGGCAUCGUGCCCAGGCGACCCGGGUAAAAUCCUCAGCUGCCAAAUGUUUUUUCUUCCUCAAUUAUGUUACGAUUUAAAAUUUCAACUUCGGAUCGAACGAUUUUAUUUCUUUUUCUUCAACAAGAUCGCUUCCAGUUUCUAUGAUUGAUUUAUUAUUAUCAUAUUUAUUAUUAUUAUUAUUAUUAUAAGAGUUAUCAUCAUUAUUUUCAUUUUUGAUUAUUUAUAUAAUUGGGUUUUUUUUGUUGUAAAUAUAAGUACAUAAAGUAAUAGAUGAUAUGCCCAUCACGUUUUAAAGUACAAUAGGACUAAGUGAUAUCAAUACGAAUAAAUGUACUCUAAAUCUAUA